CUUGUUGAAACCUUGCGGCCAUGUCGGAGUGCGACAGUGAUGAUGACGUCCCCCAGCUGCCUGCAGACACUCUGGCGGUGCUGCAGCAGUUCUACACAGAGCAGGCCGACAGAGAGAGGCAGCUGCAGGAGGCGAUACGGCAGCAGGACGUGGGGAAGGUCGAGCUGGAGGAAGACUGGAACCUGAGCCAGUUCUGGUACUCAGACGACACGGCUGACGCUCUGACCAGAGAGGUUCUUGAUGUAGCUGGUCCAGGCGGCAGCGUUGCCUGUCUGAGCUGCCCCACGCUGUACAAGCGACUGCGGGAGGUGAAACCUGACACCUGCAGGGCAGUUCUCCUGGAGUACGACCAGCGCUUCAACAUCUACGGCGGAGACUUCGUGUUCUACGACUUCAACAGUCCACUGAAGUUCUCACAGCCACUGGAGGAAAAGUCCUUCGACAUUGUUGUGGCAGACCCGCCGUAUUUGUCAGACGAUUGUCUGACUAAAACAGCAAUAACAGUCAAGUUCCUGACUAAGGGGAAGAUCAUGUUAUGUACAGGUGAGAAGAUGAAAGACCUGGCCUCGAGGCUUCUGGGAGUCCAACCCUGCACUUUCAGACCACAACACACAAGGAACCUCUGCAACGAGUUCAGAUGUUAUGUCAACUACCAAACUGGGCUGAGCUAGCAGUGUGUUUGUAUCAGGCUUUUAGCUAGGAUUUUUUUGUUGGGUAUAAGUAUGCUAUGCGCAGUGAAGACACAUGGUGCGUAAGCUUUUUAUGGGGGCUUUUUAAAAAUUUAUUACACUCUCACUACUU